GCAAUGAAGUUGGUCCUACUGCUCAUAGGACUGGCAUUUUGCAACAUAGUAAGAUCAGAUGACCACGAAGAAGGGGUAACCAAUGGGAUGCCUCCCUUUGUAUUCCUUUCACCUCCUGCGUUUAGAGCUGGACACACGACGAGCCUGAAACUGAUGAUGUUCACUGAAAAUUCAGGCAACAUCUCUAUCAAAUACUAUUUGAAGUACACCAACUAUUCAGAACCAUAUGAAUCUGAUGGUCGCUAUGUGGAAAACGUGUUGAUGGAGGAGACAUUCCAGAUAUCUGCGGAGGAUAAGAUAAUCGACAUUCCAGUUCAGGUCACAGAAGUCAGUCAAGGUACACAGUACAUCAAAUACUCCGGAUUUAUUGAAGGAUAUGGAAGAUUCGAGUUUGAUGCUGGAUCUAUCUCAGUAAGCCAGACCGGAUAUAAGUCCUAUGUUCAGACUGACAAACCUGUUUACAAACCAGGCCAACCUGUCAGGUUUCGGGGAUUUUCUAUUGAUUCUGAUUUGAAGGGACUGACUCUCUCAGACGGACUCAAAGUGAAAAUAACUAAUCCAAGCGGUGUCGAGGUCUUCAACGAAGUGAUCUCUAACGAAGAAGAAGGAGUUAUCCACCAAGGAACAUUCCUGCUAGCUGAAGAAGCAAAGAUAGGAAUCUACACAAUCAGAGUGACCGGCAAGAACUCUGCUUCCUGCUCUUUCUCUGUGGAGGAAUACGUUCUUCCCAAGUUCGGGGUAGAAAUUGAAGGACCUGGACACAUUGCGUCUGGAAACACGAUGGUUCGAGGUAAAGUCUCCGCCACCUACACAUACGGCAAACCUGUUAACGGGAAAGUAGUCCUGAAGUUCGCUGUGGACAACAAACAACAGAAAAUGUACGCAGGAGCUUAUCACUUCAAAGAAGUUACAACUGAACUUGUUAAUGGAAAAGCGGACUGGGAGAUCGACAUCACUGACUUGACAACAAGAAAGCUAAAAUACCUGUUUAAUCCUUUCUGCAGUCCAUCAGUCCUUGUUAUCGCUGCUUCUGUCUCUGAUGCUGAAGGAGGCUUCAACGUCGAGAAGGUAGACUCAUCAACGGAGUUCACUCAAACGUCCAUGAAGCUAUCUUUCAACAAGAAUACUCAAAAGAACUAUGCCGCUGGAUUCCCCUUCUAUGUUGAACUGGAUGUUGAGGCACUCACUGCAACCGAAAUUGAAAACAUGCCAGUUAAGCUUACGAUGAUCUCAGGCCUCUCUGAUCUCAAAUAUGUCUCGAAAGAGGUUCGUGUCCAAGAUGGAAAAGUGUUUGCGUCAUUCGAUGUUCCUGAAAUUGCAUGUGCUUUGAAGAUUACAGCUGAAAUGGAUAUUGAUGCCGCUUGUGAUGAAGUCUUUGCUUGCUACCAACCCGAAAGAAUGGUUGCAAAGGCUGACGAAUUCAUUCGCUUUGUCAAGACCGAACCAAGGUCAUACAAUGCCAGUGAUAUGGCUUCUUAUAAGGUGCUUUCCAACAAAAGGGUCGAAACCUUACAUUUCAUUAUUUUGUCUAAGGGCAGCAUUGUUAAAAGUUGGAACGAUGUCCCAGAAUGGCAAGAUGACGAAUCGGGAAGAUUAUUUGCUGAGGGAUCCAUAAUGAUUCCCGAUGACAUUAUAACAAGGUCUCGUCUGCUAGUUCUAACAGCUAAUGACCGUUCUGGUUACAUUUUGGCAGAUGCCAUGGAUCUCUGUAUGGUUGAAGACUUGAAACAUAAAAUUGAUCUUCAAUUAGAUACAGAAACUGCUAGGCCUGGUGAAAACGUAACCAUGUAUUUGACAAGUGAUCCUGUGUCUUUCGUUGGAAUCAGUGUCAACGAUGCGAGUCUGAAUCUUUUGAGGGAGCCAUGCAAAGUAUUGACCAAGGAAUCAACUUUGUCGUUCUUGAGAGGUCUUGACAGCGGAACCACCAAAGACCUCAGCUGUCAAAGAGAUGACCCAUACCAAUGCAAAUCCAGCACCGAAGUAAAAAUAAUCGACGUUAAAGAUCUUUUAAAAAGUGAAGGCUUGAAAAUUACCACAAACAUGAACAUAUUUGAUUACGUUGCUCCAAGUUCUAACAACAGAGAAGACCCUUACCCAUACAAUCGAUAUGACUAUGAUGACAUGAGCCCAGAUUACAUGUAUGCCCCUCAGGGGAAAUCUCGUAUUAUGGAAGCAUCUGCCGAUCGUGCCGAAGAAGCUGAUGAAUCAGCUCCAGAAGAAGAUGAGAAUGCUUCUCCUAGGAUGAGGAACUACUUCCCUGAGGCCUGGCUUUGGACCGAUAUGGUCAGUGAUGAAAACGGAAAGAAUGUAAUUUCAGUAUUAGCACCUGACACAAUCACUGGAUGGAAAGGAAGUGCCUUCGGACUGUCCCCUGAAAAAGGAUUGGGAUUCUCUAAUGAAAUAGAGUUCCAAACAUUCCUUCCUUUCUUCAUAAGUUUAGACUUGCCAUAUUCUGGAACUGUUGGAGAGAGAAUAACUAUUCCCGUCAGAAUAUUCAACUAUUUAGAUGAUGAAGUUUCAGCAACAGUCCGUAUCUCUUCCGAAAUGUGGGGUGACCAGGAUGCAACAGUGACCAUAGCUUCUAACGAAGCAGCUACCGUUGAAUAUGAAAUAAGCCUCACCGAGGCUGGGAACCACGACAUCACUGUCACAGCAGAGACCAGUACUGGUGAUUCAGAUGCUGUCCGAAAAAGUCUUCUUGUGCAACCGGGAGGUGAAAGAAUAGUCGAUACAAGCAGUGUGUUGAUAAUGCAAAAAGGUAAGUCAGGGGACAAAACUGUGAUGAGUGUUGAACUUCCUGAUGGUUUCAUACCAGGCUCACACGAUCUGAAAGUUGUAGCUGUUGGUGAUAUCCUUGGAGAAGCUGUGGCGGGAAUUUCAAGCUUGAUUCAACUUCCUUCGGGGUGUGGUGAGCAGAACAUGCACAAGAUUGCGAUCAACGUUUUCUCAGCAAAUUAUAUCAGAUCCCUCUACGACGAACUUCCUGAAAAUCUUGAUUACAGCAUCAAGCACAACCUGAACAUUGGACUGCAGCAACAACUUGCUUACAGAAGAGGAUCAACCGGCUACAGCAGCGGGUAUUCAGUAUUUAGAGGGGGAGAUUCUAGUGACUGGUUGACUGCCUUCGUACACAAAGUAGUCGCUCUGUUCCCAGAAGAAGUAUUUGUUCCCUGCGAUACGGCACUUAAUAGUGAUAGAGAAUUCUUACUCCGACAGAUACGUUAUGCAAGCAGUUCUCAAUACACAACAACUGUUGCCAGAGACGGGUGGGCUCCUUACCAAUACAACUAUCAUCAAAACAAGGACCUUUACUGGAAUUCUUACUUCCUCAUUUCCAUGCUUGAGAGUAAUGGAGUGAACCGAUGUGGAAGCACCUUGACUGAUUCCUCAUAUACCUUCGGAAGACUGGGAAAGGUUUGCAAUGCCACCCUCGAAUUAGCUUCUCGAUCAGAUGAUUGCUGCUAUCAUCAUAUGGUUGCCUAUUCCAUCCAACUCUGCAAAGACCAUGGACUUCUUGACCAUGUUGAGGACUGGAGAAACCUUCCUUUCAGAGAAGAUGAAAAGUGUAUGGGCUCGUCAACUGAUGGGAAGUAUAAGUUUGCCACUUGUGAAGAUAAUCUUGAAUUUGAAUCCUUCAUGGGGUCAAGUAAGUCUAUUGAAGCUACUGGCUAUGCAGCAUUGUAUUUCUUGCAGAAAGACAGAAUUGAAGACAGUCUUCCAAUGAUCAUGUGGCUUGCCAGUCAAAGAAAUGAGAACGGAGGAUUCCGAUCCAGCCAAGACACUGUCAUUGGACUGCAGGCUCUUGCUAAAUUUGCGGCGAUAAGCAAUGCCGUCAUGCCUAAAAAAACUGAUUUAACUAUAGUAAUAGGAAAAGGCAGGUCAUACUUCGAGAAGAUCCGAAUCAAAGAAGAUAACAAAAUGGUUACCAAAGAAGUUGUUAUUGCACCCGAGGUUGGUGAUUACAAAAUCAAAUGGACUGGAGUCGGAACUGCAUUCGUCCAACUUAUCUCUUCUUACCACGUUAUAGGUAAAGAUUACGAGCCCCUGUUCGGGCUCAAAGCCGAAGCUGCCAUGAUGAAAAAACUUCCAACCAUCAGGAUUUCUUUCAGGUUACCUGAAGAGUCCAACUCAACAAUGUAUCUGCUGGAGGUAGCUUCACCUACUGGUAUUGUCUUCACAAAGUCUCUUGUUGAGGGACAACUUCAAUUGACCGACGGUGGAUUCUCUGCUAUUACAAGAUACGACAUCAAGGAAGGAGGACAACGGCUUCAUCUCUACGUGGAUCCUGCCACAAAGCUUAGAGAAAUCGAAUUUAACAUCCCCAUGGACACUAAGUUCGAGGUGACCAACAGAAUGCCAGUACAAGUAUCUCUGAUAGAUUACUACAAUCCCUCUAAAAGGCAGACCAUCUUCUACUCUAUUGAUGAGUCUGGAGAUGGUUUUGAGGAGUCUGAUGAAACCAGAUGCUCUCUCGCUUUAUCUUGUGAUCUAUUCCAGGAUACAGAGGCCAUCGUUUUGGGAUAUCCCGGUGAAAUUGAGGAAGACUCCAUCGAAAUCAAAGAAGCUUUCCCUUACAAAACUUGCAACGGAAACUUUGUCAGAAGUCGAAAAGCAACUGCUAAAUUUGCAAAGUCAUUCAGCAGGGAUUGCGUUGCUCCAUUGAUGAAUACUCGAAGCAUUUUCUUCCUUCGCUAUGAAGAUGAUGGACAAAUGGAAAUCACGGGAAUGACCGACUACAAUUCUGCUCUGCCAAAGAUAACCGAAUGUUACUCAGUGGUGACCGUGUGCCCAGAAUUUCAAUAUACGUCAACACCUUACAUGCUAAAUACUUAUGAUCAAAUUACAGCAAUGGCAAUGCUUGGCUCCGUAGUUGGGCUCUUGGUUGUCUUUGCAACAGUGAGCACACAAAAAACUACAGAAGAUGUGAGCACUGGCAUGCCUCCCUUCGUGUUUCUCUCUCCUCCAAGCUUCAAAGCUGGACACAUGACCAACUUAAAGCUGAUGAUGUUCACGGAGAAUUCUGGUAAUAUCUCUAUCAAGUAUUACAACUACACUCGAUACUACUACCCUGAAAAUCUUUACCAAGAAAACGUGCUGAUGGAGAAAAUGUAUCAGAUCUCUGAGGAUGACAAAAUAAUUGACAUUCCAGUUAUGGUCCCUGAGCAGAUAGUUGGUACACACGUCGUAAAAUACUCCGGAUUUAUUGAAGGAUAUGGAAGAUUUAGGUUUGAUGCUGGAUCUAUCUCAGUAACACAGACCGGAUACAAGUCCUACGUUCAGACUGACAAACCUGUUUACAAACCAGGCCAAGCUGUCAGGUUUCGGGGAUUUUCUAUUGAUUCUGAUUUGAAGGGACUGACUCUCUCAGACGGACUCAAAGUGAAAAUAACUAAUCCUGAUGGUGUAGAGUUCUUCAAUGAAGUGAUCUUUAACGAAGAAGAAGGAGUAAUCCACCAAGGAACAUUCCUGCUAGCCGAAGAAGCAAAGAUAGGAAUCUACACAAUCAGAGUGACCGGCAAGAACUCUGCUUCCUGCUCUUUCUCUGUGGAGGAAUACGUUCUUCCAAAGUUCGGUGUAGAAAUUGAAGGACCGGAACACAUCGCAUCUGGAGACACGAUGGUUCGAGGUAAAGUCUCCGCCACCUAUACAUACGGCAAACCUGUUAACGGGAAAGUAGUCCUGAAGUUCGCUGUUGACAACAAACAACAGAAAAUGUACUCAGGAGCUUAUCACUUCAAAGAAGUUACAACUGAACUUGUUGAUGGAAAAGCAGACUGGGAGAUCGACAUCACAGAUUUAACAUCAAGAAAGCUUAAAUACUUGUUCAAUCCUUUCUGUAGUCCAUCUAUCCUUGUUAUCGCUGCUUCUGUCUCCGAUGCUGAAGGAGGCUUCAACGUCGAGAAGGUAGACUCAUCAACGGAGUUCACUCAAACGUCUAUGAAGCUAUCUUUCAACAAGAAUACUCAAAAAAACUAUGCCGCUGGAUUCCCCUUCUAUGUUGAACUGGAUGUUGAGGCACUCACUACAACUGAAAUUGAAAACAUGCCAGUCAAGCUCAUGAUGAUCUCAGGCCUCACUGAUCUCAAAUAUGUCUCAAAAGAGGUUCGUGUCCAAGAUGGAAAAGUGUUUGCGUCAUUCGAUGUUCCUGAAGAUGCAUGUGCUUUGAAGAUUACAGCUGAAAUGGAUAUUGAUGCCGCUUGUGAUGAAGUCUUUGCUUGCUACCAACCCGAAAGAAUGGUUGCAAAGGCUGACGAAUUCAUUCGCUUCGUCAAGACCGAACCAAGGUCAUACAAUGCCAGUGAUAUGGCUUCUUAUAAGGUGCUUUCCAACAAAAGGGUCGAAACCUUACAUUUCAUUAUUCUGUCUAAGGGAAGCAUUGUUAAAAGUUGGAACGAUGUCCCAGAAUGGCAAGAUGACGAAUCGGGAAGAUUAUUUGCUGAGGGAUCCAUAAUGAUUCCCGAUGACAUUAUAACAAGGUCUCGUCUGCUAGUUCUAACAGCUAAUGACCGUUCUGGUUACAUUUUGGCAGAUGCCAUGGAUCUCUGUAUGGUUGAAGAAUUGAAACAUAAGAUUGAUCUUCAAUUAGAUACAGAAACUGCUAGGCCUGGUGAAAACGUAACCAUGUAUUUGACGAGUGAUCCUGUGUCUUUCGUUGGAAUCAGUGUCAACGAUGCGAGUCUGAAUCUUUUGAGGGAGCCCUGCAAAGUAUUGACCAAGGAAUCAACGUUGUCGUUCUUGAGAAGUUUGGACAGUGGAACCACCAAAGACCUCAGCUGUCAAAGAGAUGACCCAUACCAAUGCAAAUCCAGCACCGAAGUAAAAAUAAUCGACGUCAAAGAUCUUUUAAAAAGUGAAGGCUUGAAAAUUACCACAAACAUGAACAUAUUUGAUUACGUUGCUCCAAGUUCCAACAACAGAGAGGAAGAGUACUAUCCCUACCGAGUGUAUAAUAGUGGAGGUGGCUACGGUGAGAUGUAUGCUGAGGCAGAGAUGAUGGAAGCUUCCUAUGCGGUGGAGGCAGAUGACGCACCUGAUGAACCAGCUCAAGAUGCAGAUGAAGAUGCUUCUCCUAGAAUGAGGAACUACUUCCCUGAGGCCUGGCUUUGGACCGAUAUGGUCAGUGAUGAAAACGGAAAGAAUGUCAUUUCAGUAUUAGCACCUGACACAAUCACAGGAUGGAAAGGAAGUGCCUUCGGACUGUCCCCUGAAAAAGGAUUGGGAUUUUCUAAUGAAAUAGAGUUCCAAACAUUCCUUCCUUUCUUUAUAAGUUUAGACUUACCAUAUUCUGGAACUGUCGGAGAGAGAAUAACUAUUCCUGUCAGAAUAUUUAACUAUUUAGAUGACGAAGUUUCAGCAACAGUCCGAAUCUCUUCCGAAAUGUGGGGUGACCAGGAUGCAACAGUGACCAUAGCUUCUAACGAAGCUACUACUGUUCAAUAUGAAAUAAGCCUCACCGAGGCUGGGAACCAUGACAUCACUGUCACAGCAGAGACCAGUACUGGUGAGUCAGAUGCUGUCCAAAAGAGCCUAUUCGUUCAGCCAGGUGGUGAAAAAAUUAUUGAUUCAAGCAGUUUAUUGAUAAUGCAGAAAGGUAAGUCAAGGGAAAAAAAUGUAAAAACUAUGCGUGUUGAACUUCCGGAUGGUUUCAUACCAGGCUCACACGAUCUAAAACUUGUAGCUGUUGGAGAUAUCCUUGGAGAAGCUGUGGCGGGAAUUUCAAGCUUGAUUCAACUACCGUCGGGAUGUGGUGAGCAGAACAUGCACAAGAUUGCGAUCAACGUUUUCUCAGCAAACUAUAUCAAAUCCCUCUACGACGAACUUCCUGAAAAUCUUGAUUACAGCAUCAAGCACAACCUGAACAUCGGACUGCAGCAACAGCUUGCCUACAGAAAAGGAUCAGCCAGCUACAGCAGAGGGUACUCAGUAUUUAGAGGGGGAGAUUCUAGUGUCUGGUUGACUGCCUUCGUAAACAAAGUAGUCGCUUUGUUCCCAGAUGAAGUAUUUGUUCCCUGCGAUACGGCACUUAAUAGUGAUAGAGAAUUCUUACUCCGACAGUUACGUUAUGCAAGCAGUUCUCAAUACACAGCAACUGUUGCCAGAGACGGGUGGGCUCCUUACCAAUACAACUAUCAUCAAAACAAGGACCUUUACUGGAAUUCUUACUUCCUCAUUUCCAUGCUUGAGAGUAAUGGAGUGAACCGAUGUGGAAGCACCUUGACUGAUUCCUCAUAUACCUUCGGAAGACUGGGAAAGGUUUGCAAUGCCACCCUCGAAUUAGCUUCUCGAUCAGACGAUUGCUGCUAUCAUCAUAUGGUUGCCUAUUCCAUCCAACUCUGCAAAGACCAUGGACUUCUUGAUCAUGUCGAGAGCUGGAAAAAGCUGCCUUUCAGAGAUCAUGAAAAGUGUAUGGGCUCAUCUACUGAUGGGCGGUAUAAGUUUGCCACUUGUGAAGAUAAUCUUGAAUUUGAAUCCUUCAUGGGGUCAAGUAAGUCUAUUGAAGCUACUGGCUAUGCAGCAUUGUAUUUCUUGCAGAAAGACAGAAUUGAAGACAGUCUUCCAAUGAUCACGUGGCUUGCCAGUCAAAGAAAUGAGAAUGGAGGAUUCCGAUCCAGCCAAGACACUGUCAUUGGACUGCAGGCUCUUGCUAAGUUUGCGGAGGUAAGUAAUUCUGUCAUGCCAAAAAAAACUGAUUUAACUAUAGCAAUAGGAAAAGGCAAGUCAUACUUCGAGAAGAUCUUAAUAAAAAAAGAUAACAAAAUGGUCACCCAAGAAGUCGUUCUUUCACCCGAAGUUGGCGUCUACAAUAUCAGAUACAGUGGCGUUGGAACUGCAUUCGUCCAGCUUAUCUCAUCUUACCACGUUAUAGGUAAAGAUUACGAGCCCCUGUUCGGACUCAAAGCCGAAGCCGCUAUGAUGAAAAAACUUCCAACCCUCAGGAUUUCUUUUAGACUUCCUGAGGAGUCCAAUUCGACAAUGUAUCUGCUGGAGGUAGCUUCACCUACUGGUAUUGUCUUCACAAAGUCUCUUGUUGAGGGACAACUUCAGUUGACCGACGGUGGAUUCUCUGCUAUUACAAGAUACGACAUCAAGGAAGGAGGACAAAGACUUCAUCUUUACGUGGAUCCUGCCACAAAGCUUAAAGAAAUCGAAUUCAACCUCCCCAUGGACAUAAAGUUCGACGUGACCAACAGAAUGCCAGUGCAAGUAUCUUUGAUAGAUUACUACAAUCCCUCUAAAAGGCAGACCAUCUUUUACUCUAUUGAUGAGUCUGGAGAUGGUUUUGAGGAGUCUGAUGAAACCAGAUGCUCUCUCGCUUUAUCUUGUGAUCUAUUCCAGAAUACAGAAGCCAUCGUCUUGGGAUAUCCAGGUGAAAUCGAGGAAGACUCUAUCGAAAUUAAAAGUGCUGUACCCUACAAAGCUUGUCAAGGAAACGACUUUAUCAGAAGUUUGAGAGCAACCGCUAAAUUUGGAGAAUCUGUCAACAAAGAUUGUGUUGCUCCGUUGAUGAAUGAUCGAAGCAUUUUCCUCCUUCGCUAUGGAGAUGAUGGACAAAUGCAAAUCACCGGAAUGACUAGCUACAGUUCCGCUUUACCAAAGAUUACCGAAUGUUUCUCAGUAACAACUGAGUGCCCUGAAUAGACAAUUAGCUGAUGUUUAUUUUUUAGUCAGACUAUGAAGCACUCCGGCCAUAAUUUUAUUAAGUUUUUAUUGGUAUAUUUUAAAAUUUUUAUGCAUGCCCUCCCUUUUUAAAUAAAAUCAUCGAACAAACGUUACCGUAAUAAUUUAUUUAGCUUUUACUAAUUCGCUCGCCCAAAAAUUAUCACGUAACCUUUUUUGUUAGUGCAGCUUAACAAUAACCCUAACCACAACCCUAACCCGAGCUCUAAACAAUCGAAUUCGUGUUUUACCAGCCUGUCACGUGACCAAAAUAUUUUUUGCCCAUAAGCAUUUUUACCCUACGUCAUGGGGAGUGAUUCGAAAUCAUCAAAAUACACCUAUUCGAAUUACUUUCAUACCCUCAGGGUAUUUUUACAAGAAUUUUUAAAAAUUUUGGCGAGCGAUUUAGUGGGAGCGAAUUUAUUUACACAUCGGAUUGUAUUUUAAAUAUCUUUUUACAAUAGCUUCGACAUAAUUAAAUUUUUACUACUGCAUU